AGGACACAAAGAUCUGUACAAGAACGUCAUGAUGGAGGAUCACCAGCCACCAAUUAAAGAAGAGAGAACAACUCCCAGUCCUCUUCUUCUACAGGAUGGUUCAGAAAAACAUCAAAGCAUUCCAUAUGAUGAUCAGAAAGAUGGAAAUAAGCUUUUAAAUCUGGGUAAAGAUCUGACCAAUAUUAAGGCUAAAGAUACGUAUGUAAGGAGUGAUAAGCAGAUCAUAGAGGACAUUCCCACCGAUAACCACCCAGCCUUUCACAGCAAAGAUCUAUCAUCUGAUCCUUUGGAUGGAUUUCAAUCAUCUGAUUCAUCACAGACUGUUAAGCAAAAUAAAAGACAGAGAAGAAGUGUUCAUCAUCAAAGAAGUCAUACAAGGGAGAAUGCUCUUUCAUGCUCAGAAUGUGGGAAAUGUUAUAAAUAUAAAUCACAUCUUGUUAGCCAUCAGAGAAUUCACACAGGGGAGAAGACAUUUUCAUGUUCAGAAUGUGGGAGAUGUUGUAUAUCUAAAUCAGAUCUUAUUAGUCAUGAGAGAACUCACACAGGGGAGAAACCAUUUUCAUGUUCAGAAUGUGAAAUGUUUUUUAACCGUAAAUCACAUCUUGUUAGACAUCAGAGAAUUCACACAGGGGAAAAGCCAUUUUCAUGUUCAGAAUGUGAGAAAUGUUUUCAGCGUAAAUCACUUCUUCUUAACCAUCAGAGAAUUCACACGGGGGCGAAGCCAUUUUCCUGUUUAGAAUGUGGGAAAUGUUUUACUGAUAAAUCACAUCUACUUAAUCAUCAGAGAAUUCACACAGGGGUGAAGCCAUUUUCUUGUUUAGAAUGUGGUAAAAGUUUUGCUGAUAAAUCUACUCUUGUUAAACAUCAGAUAAGUCACACAGGGGAGAAGCCAUUUUCUUGUUUAGAAUGUGGGAAAUAUUUUACUCGUAAAUCAAGUCUUGUAAAACAUCUGAGAAUUCACACAGGGGAGAAGCCAUUUUCUUGUUUAGAAUGUGGGAGAUGUUUUACUCGUAAAUCAAUUCUUGUUAUACAUCAGAGAAUUCACACAGGGGAGAAGCCAUUUUCAUGUUCAGAAUGUGGGAAAUGUUUUCAGCAUAAAUCACUUCUUCUUACCCAUCAGAGAAUUCACACAGGCGCGAAGCCAUUUUCCUGUUUAGAAUGUGAGAAAUGUUUUACUGAUCAAUCAAAUCUAGUUGCACAUCAGAGAAUUCACACAGGAGAGAAGCCAUUUACUUGUUUAGAAUGUGGGAAAUCUUUUCCACAAAAAUCACGUCUUACUAUGCAUCAGAGAAUUCACACAGGGGCGAAGCCAUUUUCCUGUUUAGAAUGUGGGAAAUGUUUUAAUGAUCAAUCAAAUCUGGUUGCACAUCAGAGAAUUCACACAGGGGAGAAGCCAUUUACUUGUUUAGAAUGUGGGAAAUCUUUUCCACAAAAAUCACGUCUUACUAUACAUCAGAGAAUUCACACAAAGUAAAAGCCAUUUUCUUGUUUACAAUGUGGGGAAUCUUGCACACAAAUCGUGUCUUGUUAUACAUGAAAGAAGUCACACAGGGUAGAAGCCAUUUUCUUGUUUACAAUGUGGGAAAUCUUUCAUACAGAAAUCAAAUCUUGGUAAACAUGAGAGAAUUCACACUGGAAAGAAGUGAUUUUAAUGUUCAGAAUGUGAUAACUAGAGAUGAGCGAAAUUUUGAAAAAUAAAAUUUAUCAGCUUUGUCAAAAUUCAACAAGAAAUUUGAUUUGUUCCGAAAUAAUUUGUCACAAAUCACUAUGCUAAAACCCCAUUCAGCCUAUCAAUGAGACCAUUUUUAAUGGCCCCUUAGACCGAAGUGCACCCAUCUAAGAGCCAUUAAAAAUGGUAAUAUGCUAGUGCAAUAUGGCCUUUUAGGUAAAAAAAUAAAAUUCACUCACCUCAUUCAUUUGCUCACACAGGGUCUAUCCGCUCCUCUCUGGAUUGAAAAAGACCUGCUGAAGGAUCUGCACUUAGCAUAAUGACUUCACCACGUGAUUAUGCUGGGAGAGCUUGGUGACAUCAUCACAUUGAGCGCAGGUCCUUCGACAGGACUUUUUUAGUCAAGAGAGGAGCGGACUGCCUCUGCGCGAGCAAGUGGGUUAGGAAAAAUGAUUCGUAAUCUUUAAGCUCAAGGAAAUUUUGGAUUUAUUUAAAAUCAGAUUUUUCCCAAAAUUCUGACUGAAUUUGACCUCGGCUGGUUCGCUUCACUGGACACUAGUGAUAGAGAUAUGGACUACAUUCUUUGAUGCAGCUAAGAAAGCUCCCACAUACUCUAGCUCUCAUACAACACCUUAUCUUCUCCAGAGCACAAAGGUUUCAUCCUACCGAAGAGAACACGCCUUGCUACGUCAUUUAUACUUUUUUGUUGUUAGUAAAAACUCCAUUACAAGAUGGCGCUUACAGCUAGAUAUUUACAUAGUUCACAUACCACAGUUAGUAAAACAGUGCACAAUGGGCAGAUGCUAAGUGUUAUCUCUCUUCAUAUUUUAGCCAAUGUAACAAUGCACAUGCCUCAGGGGGAGUGCCCCUCUGAUGACUUUAUACACUGCUGUACUACCUUUAAUAAAUCACAAUUAGCUUUGA